AUGCCUGAUGAAAUAAAACAAUGUAGGAAGAAGAUGUCCUCGAGUCGCAAACACAAUCUGAAGAGCUUGAUGCUCUCGAUUGCGAAGGGCUUGCUGGAGGUGGAGGAGAGGGAGAGGGAGGAGGAGAGGGUGAGGUACAUGGAUGAGAAGUGUCCCUCGCUCUCUCUGCCUUCAGGCUCACAGGAGAUGCAGGAAUUCUGCAAGAAGCUCCACCAUCAGAUUGAUGAACUCGAAGAGGAGCGAUACGACCUGGAAAUUAAAGUGACCAAGUGUAGCAAAGAGAUUGAGGACAUGAAGUUCAAGGUGAUCGAUCUGAAGGGCAAGUUCAAGAAGCCGGCCUUGAAGAGGGUGCGCAUGUCUGCCGACGCCAUGCUCAAGGCCCUGCUGGGCUCCAAGCACAAGGUCAACAUGGACCUGAGAGCCAACCUCAAACAAGUGAAGAAGGAGGUCAAGGAGGAGGACAAGGAAAUGCGCGAUGUUGGCGACUGGCGAAAGAACGUGGAGGACAAGGCGGGGAUGGACGGCAGGAAGAAGAUGUUUGAGACAGAGUCUUAG